AGAAGUUUUCUGCUUUCAUUCAAAUGAAAGCAUUAGAGCCGAUGCAAUGCGCUGGUUUGGGUUUGGUUUUAACGCGUUUCAACAAAUUCAAGCCUCCAAAAAUUCCGAAAAUAGCGGUCUCGACGCUGACAAGACAAGACUGAGCAGUCCGACUGAGCUGAGAGGUCACGUGAACAAAGAUGGCGGCUAUUUUGAGUUGACUCAAAUCCGAGCGAGCUGGAGCAGGAGAGCAUUUCUUCAUUUGGAUGAGCCCGCGUGCGUGUGUUUGGAAGGUUCCGUUAACGACUCCUGCAGAGAAGUUUUAAAACGAAGUUGUGGCUGCAAAGAUGUUUUCAUCAGUGAGUCACAAAUUACACUCGCUUUCCCGGACAGAAUUGAGUGCUGGGAUCUGCAGAGAAAUGAUGACACUCCAUCAUGGAGCAUGGACACCCAGUCAGAGGGCUCUGCUGUCAGUUUGCCACUGGUUCCUGGUGGUUAUAUAGCAUCCAAAUCUCCAUUCUUCCACUCCUUGUCACCUCACAUGCAAGCCAAAAGCCUGGCUUUGGGUGGAGAUCAUGUCAUCCUCCUCACAGCUGCUGGAGCAGUCUACACUUGGGGACAGGGAAGCCACGGUCAGUUGGGACACGGAGCACUCCUCUCUGAGGAGGAGCCCAGGACAGUGGAGGCUCUGUGGGGGAUGAAGAUGAGCUCUGUGUCUGCAGGAGGAUGGCACUCGGUCUGCAUUAGUGACGCUGGAGACCUUUAUGUGUGGGGCUGGAAUGAAAGUGGACAACUUGGACUUCCAUCACAAAACCUGAGAAAAAUCUCAGAAAGGAAGGCACACCAACAAGGAGAAUUGAGCCAAAACAGCAGCACAUACCAGGAGGAAGUAUUCAUUUCAAUCCAAGCAUUCCCGGCUCUGUUAGACGUCACUCCAUUAUGUGAGGUGAAAGCAGUAGGUUGUGGCUCGCGGCACACAGCUGCAGUAACAACUUCUGGAGAUCUUUAUACUUGGGGAUGGGGUGGAUAUGGCCAACUCGGACACCAAUCCUUUAGCAGUUUAGAUGAGCCCCAGCGUGUGGAGUUUUUUAGGGUGCAGCAGCUGCGAGUUGUUGGCGUGGAGUGUGGGCCCUGGAACACUUUUGCUGCAGUCACCAAAGAGGAAGGACUUGCUCCUGAACAUCCCACAAAACCUCUCAAUAAACAUGGAGAGUAACUUUUAUAUCUCGUAACACAAACAAGAAUUCUGACACAUGAGAUUUUGUAUUUAUUUAGUAUAAUAAAGAUAAUGGAAAUUAAA